AUGACUCUCGCGAUGUGGCUGAUCUUCGCCAACAACUCAAAGGUGGCCGUAGCUCAGAAAGCCCCUUUGGAGCAGCGGCACCAGAUUUGCGCGACCAUCAGUACUGCGGUCGCCCUUUUCUCCGGCUUCUUCAACAUCCUGCAGCUGACAGCGAUUGAUGACUUCGACCUUCCGGGCCGCGCAAACAACUUCAAUCUGAACUUGUCCCGUCCCGUGGAGUGGAUUCUGACCUGUCCCAUCAUGCAGUUGAAGUUGGUCGUAUUGGCAGGCGCCCGUGUGCCCAGCUACCGCCGCUUCAUGAUGCCUUUGGUCUGCGUGUCUGUCCUCUUGUGCGGAACGGCCUCGAUGUUCACAGGAGAUGCGCUGCGCUAUGCUUGGUAUGCCUUCGGCCUGAUGCUGGCAUUGAUCAUGUUCUACCACAAUGCCUUGCAGAUCAAAGAGAACAGCGAGGGCGAAGAGUCCCUUUUCAGCGGCGACUCAGACUUCCGCAAGCUCUCCAUCUUGCUCAUCGUAACCUGGUUCCCUUUCCCCAUCUGGUUCAGUUUGAGUGUGGAGGGUUUCGGGCUCAUCACCGACGGCUUCAUCAUCGAGAUGGGCUGGGUUGUCCUGAACAUCGUGUCGAAGUUCACGUACAUCAUCUGGAUGCAGCGCAUGAAGAUGGUGCACCAGCGCAAGAUCGAGGCGGCCCGCGAGCUGUAUGGCCUAUCCCCCUCCGACGAGAUCAACGAGGAAGACCUGAAGAAGCAGGCCAUGACCAACGGAGCUCAGAAUGGAACCGUCUCCGCUGACGCCUACGGCUUGGGUGCUGGUGAGGAGGCGGAAAGCGAGUUGAAGCUUGUUGAGCUGAUUGCAGAGACCAUGGUGACUCUUGGGAUGAGCGCACACACCGACCGGCUCUUGAGGUUGAUGGUCGAGAACGGUGUGACGAACACGGCCGUGCUGGAACGAUUGAACGCAGAGCGCUGUAUGGAGCUGAAUCUGCCCUUUGCCCUCAUCGAUGCGGCGCAACGCCGUUGGACGGCCGAGAAGAUGAACAUGGGCCAGGACAAGGGUGGCACCGUCGAGAAGGAGGACCCUUUCAAGAAGCUCCUGGAAGCCAACAAGGAGCGCGUGAACGUCAAGAACCUCGCGAACUCCUUGCCUGGCAUGUUCUCCGGAAUGAACACGCCGCCAGUCGCGGGAAUGGGCGGCAUGGGCAUGAUGGACCCGGGAGCCCUGGAGGAGCAGAUGAUGUCGGUGAUGAGCCGAGUGAUGGUGCCCUUCCAAGACAUGGUCAUGGGUCGGCUUCAGUCUAUGGAGGAGAACAUGCAGCGACAGCUCGAAACGACACAGGAAGCCAUCUCACAGCGCAUGGACUUCUCCCAGGUCUCACUGCUGCAGACCGUCAACGCCUGCCAGGUGCUGCUUCACAAGCUUGACUCUUCGCAGGAGACAGUGAUGCAGAAGAUGGACACGCAGAAGUCCAUCGUGGACCGCAUGGUGGAAUCCUACUCAGGCCUUGUGGAGAACAUCGACAGCGCCAGCGACAACACCAAGAGCGCUUUGCUGGACACCGUCAACACGUCCUCCCAAGCCAUGCUCAAGAAGCUGGACUCCACACAGCAGGACCUCCUGAAGCAGACCCACGAGUCGCAUGCCGUCCUCCAGGGCGUGGCGCAGACCCAGACAAGCUUGGCAAAGAAGGUCGACUCAGGAAAUGAGUUCACACAGCGCCGCCUUGUGGAGAUGGAGACCUGCAUUGGCAAGAAGGUGUCUGAUGUCGGCGACUCGCUGGCUCGCUCGCAGACCAUGAGCUCGGAAAAGGUGCUUGAUUCCCUCCGCAACGACUUGGCCACCCUCGCUGAGCAGGGCAACGCCAUGGUUGAUGCAACGGAAAAGUCGGCGAGUGUGCAGGAGCUAUGA